GGCUCUCCCGGACGGAUCCUCAUCAUCAGGCGCGCGCGCUUCAGUCCACCCCGAGCAUGUGACCGAGUUUCAUUCUGUCCCUCCGACAAAACCUGCAGCUUCCGGGUUUCUGUUUGUUUCACUGAGUUCCGGCUGUCGGGGCCCGGUGUGAGAGGAGUGAAGGGUUAAACCGGAAGCGCGAUUAUGAGGAAAGGGAGCGGGAUGUUUGCGUCGCGCGCGGGGCUGAGGCGGGGGGCGGCGGUGAUGAUGAUGAUGAUGAUGAGCUCCGGAAUCGCUGCUGCUGUCCGGCCGAGCGGCGCUGUGUUUUAGCGGCUCCUCCACCUCCUCUUCAUCAUCACCACCACCACCAUCCCCCCUCCCCCUCCCCCGGGCUGCGUUCACCGGCUUUUUCAGAUGCGGCUGCUUUGACGAGGCAGCGGACGGAUUUGUGCGCGUGCGGUGCCAUGACGGGUUUUCCGGUGGGCUCGAGUCGGGCCGGUUAGCGGCCUGCUGCACCGCGGGAGCGCGCGCGCAUCGCCUCUUCAUUCCGCAUCGCUCAUCGCUUACAGUCUCAGGGAUUUAUAAUAAUAAUAAUAAUAAUAAUAAUAAUAAUAAUAAUAAUUUAAAAAAGAGGCAAAAGAGAAAAAAAAAAAGAAAAAUGUCCUCUCGGUCUGCUCUCCCGUCUGCCACCGACCGGAGCUCGGAUCAUCAUGCGUCUCUGGCGGCAAGCCGUUCGGAGAAGGGCACCAGUGUGUCGAGUCGUUCCCUCGGUGCGCGCUGCCGCAACUCCAUGCCCUCGUGCCCGGACGACCCACACAUCGGCAACUACCGGCUCCUCAAAACCAUCGGCAAGGGCAACUUCGCUAAAGUGAAACUGGCUCGCCACGUCCUCACCGGCCGAGAGGUUGCAAUAAAGAUAAUCGACAAAACUCAGCUGAACCCAACCAGCCUGCAAAAGCUAUUUCGUGAGGUGCGGAUCAUGAAGGCUCUUCGUCACCCCAACAUAGUGCAACUGUUUGAGGUGAUCGAGACAGAAAAAACUCUUUAUCUAGUCAUGGAGUACGCGAGCGGAGGUGAGGUGUUUGACUACCUGGUGUCUCACGGGAGAAUGAAGGAGGUUGAGGCGAGAGCUAAAUUCAGACAGAUCGUCUCGGCUGUUCAUUACUGUCACCAGAAGAACAUCGUUCACAGGGAUCUGAAGGCGGAGAACCUGCUGCUGGACGCCGACUCCAACAUAAAGAUAGCGGAUUUUGGCUUCAGUAAUGAGUUCACAUUGGGGAAUAAGCUGGACACAUUCUGCGGCAGCCCACCCUAUGCCGCACCCGAGCUCUUCCAGGGCAAGAAAUAUGACGGGCCCGAGGUGGACAUUUGGAGCCUGGGGGUUAUCUUGUACACGCUGGUUAGCGGCUCGCUGCCCUUCGACGGACAGAACCUCAAGGAGCUGCGUGAGCGUGUGCUCAGAGGGAAGUAUCGAGUGCCCUUUUACAUGUCCACUGACUGUGAGGGGAUUCUGCGCAGGUUUCUUGUGCUCAACCCCAGCAAGCGCUGCACACUGGAGCAAGUGAUGAAGGACAAGUGGAUGAACACAGGGUAUGAAGGCGACGAACUGAAGCCUCAUGUGGAGCCAGUGGAGGACUACAGUGACCCCAGCCGCAUCGAGGUGAUGGUCGGGAUGGGUUUCACUACAGAGGACAUUAAAGAUGCGUUACUCAAUCAGAAAUAUAACGAAGUCACUGCAACUUACCUUCUGCUGGGCCUGAAGACUGAGGACGGGGCAGAGUCACGCGUGACUGGCAGCAUGACGUUGCCGAGAGUGAGGCCGAGCCCCAUCACCAACGGAACGAACAAACACUCCUCCACCGCCGCCGCCUCUUCAUCCUCCUCCUCCUCCUCUCACAGCAAGACACAGCGCAGCGCCUCCACCUACCACCGCCAGCGACGGCACAGCGACUUCUGUGGUCCAAGUAUGCCGGUGAUGCACCCGAAGCGCAGUCCGACAGGUGGGGCCGACCGCGAGCUGCGCGAGAGCCGCAUGCCCCCACGCAAGGCCAGCUGCAGCGUGAUGGGCAGCCGCAGCCUCCCGCCCUCUAGCCCCAUGGUCAGCACGGCCAACAACCCAAACAAAGCCGAGAUCCCCGAGCGGCGGAAAGACAUGACCGCCACCACUAAUAACAUCCCUGGCAGUGCGAUGACACGCAGGAACACGUACGUGUGCACAGAUCGGCCCAGCACAGACAGACAGUCUCUACUCCAGAACGGCAAGGAGAACAGCUCUCUCUCCCACCGUCUCCCCCCCGCCUCUCCCUCCACUCUCAGUAUUUCCGGAGCAGGAGCGUCGUCCUCCUCGUCCUCGGCAGAUCGGUGUAGGCUGACUCGAGGUUCCACCAUACGCAGCACGUUCCAUGGCGGGCAGAUUCGGGAGCGCGUGCCUUCCACUUACGGGCCGCCGCCCACCUCGCCCACGCUCAGCCACGAUGCCACGCUGCCGUCGCACGGCCGCUCCAGAGCCACGGCCAACCUGUUCAGCAAGAUCACCUCCAAAAUCACGCGCAGGGUCAAUCUCGACCCCUCUAAGAGGCAGGGUUCUAAUAAGUCAGUAUCGGGUUGCACUCUUCCACAGGGAUCCAAAACAGUUAGUAAGGUCACAAAUGAACCUGAGAGAGUCAGCCGAUCUUCGCUCUCAGGUUGCCAUCUAUUUGGGAAUCAGAAAGAGGCCGAGCCCUGGCACAGGGGAAGGGGCAGGGAUGUGAGGCCCCGCCCCCCACACGCUCCCACCGAGUUGGUACUGGCCGUGCGCGAUGCAGCAAGGGGGUGCGGCUGCAGCCACGAGCCGCCGGGGUCAAAGGUCAUGUUCCAGGGGGAAGUGUGUCAGCUGAGCGUGUGCCCCACACACCUCUGGGAGGCUCCACUAGCAUUCACUCACAUCGCGUCUCGGAUCUACAAAGGGGUGGAGCUCUGAGCGGAUGGGGGAGGGGCCUAGACCGGCACACAUCUUUCCUCCUCCUUCCUGAACUGACUUGGCUCCGCCUACUUCUGGCUGCAUAAACUGGAAAAUUGCUCCAUGCCCUCCCCCAGCUGUCACGCUCGCCUGAUACACACAUCUAGAGACACGCAGAUGUGGAUCCACACAAACAGUGCAAAUGUACACACACACACACACACCUCUUUUAAGCAACCUCAUUCACAGGACCUGGAUUGAUUCCAGAGUAGUAUUUUUUAAUCUUGUUCAACUCAUGAAAUAGUUCGAUUCUCUUCUCAGCAUCAUUCUGCUUCCUUGUUUGUUUGUUCUUUAACUGUAUUUGUUUUGUUGCCCAAGCACUUUUCAUUUCAUCCCUUAUUUUAUUACACCCCCACCCCGAACCCCUUCCUCUAACCAGUGAACUCAAGUCGGACUAAUCAACACUUACAAAAACAACGAAUACUCCAGCUGUUUGUCAAGUUGAAAAGGAAAUUUAAAAAAUCAGAAAUCACUGACGAGUUUUUCAUGAAAGUCUGGGGGCAGUUGUUAUAUUAUGUCAAACUUCAGCGUGCACAAAUUGCAAUGGCGACAGUAAAGGUCUCAAGGUCCCGUUCAUUUUGUCAGAGAAAUCAGCCAAGGUUACAUUACAGUCGUUAACUUUGAAUGGAAUGGAAAUUGCUACGAUCAACAAUUUUUGAAACUGACUUUCAUUUUUUCUAUAGAUGGAGGAAGCACAUGUGAGCUUUCACCUUUGUUUAUUGAGAGAAUUCUACAUCUGCCCUUAGACUUACCAGGAUAACCUAGUAACAAAUUUUCACACGUAAGCGCCAGGUGUCGGUGCAGGCGUCUUCCUUUACAUCGACCAAUCACAGACUGACAUCUGAGUUCACUCUCACCCUGGCCGAGUUUCAGACGAGCGAUGUCAGAUAUGUAUGAGGAGCGUGUCUGCUUUACGGCCGUGUUAAUGUAGCUCCCGGUGGAGUGAUGGACCACAUGAGGUUUCUCACUUAGCUGGAUAAGUUCAAGGAACCUCCGCCCUGAAACACGUUAAGUACAAUAAUAAGUGAUUCUGGUGCUAAUUUUUUGGCUCGUGCGGUUAUAAUCAUUUAGUAGGAAAACAAAAAUCUCAAGCAUAAGGGAUAAUGAUCAGGUUUUGCCGUUAGGUCCUGUAAACAACCAUUUUUUGAAAUGAUUUACUGCAACGUAAAACAUCAUAUUUGGGAGAAACCCCAAACAUCGAAACGGGGCUGGGGCCAGCCGUUCUCUUCGAGGGGUUACACUUACUAUACAGCAAUGAAGCCAUGUCAUGCCCUCAUGACGGUGUGUUUUCUGAGAAGCUAAUAUAGCUAACAUUAUACACAACGUUACACAAAUGCAAUGUUUUGAAUAAUGUUACCUGACUGUAUGCGUAGGAGACAGAAAGUUCCGGAAUGUGAUGCAGCUAUAUACAGCGCUGGCUCCACCCAGUUUAGUUUGGCUAGUUAGUGAUUUCGGGUAUUAGCAUGAAUUUUGAAACUUUGGAAUCCCGACUGGUUGAACAGAGUGUUUAUAAAGCCUCGGCAUAAUUUCCUCGCCAUCUUUGUGGCAGUACACCAGCACCAUUUAGUGAGAGGUGUUGAACAAUAAUGUUAAAAGACAAAAGUAAAACUUUGAAUAUACUCGUAAGCCUUUCCACUGCUCAAACGGUAUGUGAUUGGUUGAUUUCCCCCGUUUUAGAACUUCUCAUGGAAUUACAGUUCAGUGAGAAUUCCCUCUCCCAUGAGCCUUUGCAGUGGCAAUGGAUCGGGUCGUGUCAGCGGUUCUUUGUUGAAUAGACGUACCUCAAAGAUGCAGAAGGUUCACUUGGUUCGAGAAAUUCACCCGAAUCUGAUCGCUAACUUGAUGCAUAUUUCCACUGGAAUCUUUUCAGAAACUAAACUCUCCUGAAUUAGAGCGCUAGGGUUCCUCGACAAGUUCCUGUUCUACAGGACAUCUGUGACCAAUGUGGAAAAUUCCAGAAUGGUGUGAUGGAUGCCAAAGCAAGUUGUUGCUCUUGUUUUUCCUCUAUUACAGGAAUACAGUUAUUGAAAGUUUUAAAUCAAGAAUUUCACACUUCAAGAAUAUUUAUGCCGUUAGCACAGUGUAAGGAAGAACCUAAAUUAUUUAGACGGUGGCAUUUGAUUUGGCAAGCCCCGGCCCAAAAGUGGCUAAUCUAGAACAGGAACCGGAAAGGCGCAGGACCUAUCUGACAUGGUUCCUCAAGAGUGUUGGAAACACCACUAGUUCCCUUGUCACACUUCCUGAGAUGGUUCCUGUGGUGGAAACGGACCAACAGAAAGGGGAAUAAGAAGAGAAAUGGAAAAUGUUAUCCUUCCAUGAUGAAUGUUCUUGUUGUAAUUAGUGGAUCAGGGUGUCGCAUUAAAAUGGGAAUAUCCCAUUCUCCCAGAACUACAUGGCUCCCUCUGCUCCAACAAGCCAGAUUCAUCUCAACUAAAGUUCAGGAUCAGUUCAGAAUUCCAGGCAACAACCUAAAGUAGAGAAAGAAGCAAAUAAGCCCCGCCCAUUUGGGGAAGUGGACCAUAAUUCAGAUAAAGACCUGUUGUUUUCGUGUAGCAAACCAAAUACAGAGGGAAAAAAAAGAUGAAUCAGGACUUGUUUCCUGAUAAAUGGUGCUUGUGAGUUGGUCUUUCCACUGUUCCAACUGAAAGUGCAUGCUAAAUUCAGACGUUGCUCUAGAACUUUUUGAAGAUAUGGAUCUGUUAUUUUCUUGUAGCAAAACAAAAAAACCACAGAAAACGACAAGGCGGGAUUUGUAAAUGGUGCUUGCGGUUGAUCUGUCUCAAUUUGAACAGGAAGUGUUCCAAAUCUGGUCCAGUUCUGCCGUUCUGUUCCUACCUAAUCUGAAUUCAACCGUUAACACAGCCUGAGAAACCUGCUGCCUCUUCAGCCUUACGCACCUCUGCUUUAACGGUUAAAGGAGCAGUUUGCUGUUUUCAGAGUCAUCUCCUACCUGUGAGGUGAACUUCAUUUGCGAUGAAAGCACUAACAAGCCUGUCUUUCCCCUCAAUCGGCCCCACUGGAUUGUGUUUGAAACUGAGAUUCGGUUUGGGGUGGAGCCUAUUUCUGGGCCAGAAAAAAAAAAAACAACAACAAAAAAGAAAAACGCUAAACGUAAAUGAAUAAAAUAGUUCGAUUAGUUGCAUGGCAACAUUGCAAAAUGCAGUUUUUCUAAGGUGUCUUUGAAAUGAUGUUCUUUGUAAAGUUAAAGAAAAAUUACGAACUGCACCUUUAAUCGAAACUCUGUGCCAUAUCUCAGCUUUUCCGUCUGUCAUGCUCUUUUGUUGUCGAUCAGCUCAGUCUUUCCAUCCUUUUGUAUUCUGUUUGUUUUUCACAUCUGCGUUGUGAAACACUGCAUUCAAUUUGAUGCGAACACACACAAAAAACCCCAUGCUCGCUCAACAAAAAUCCUCGGGUCAUUGUUCUGUUUGCUCCGUGAUUGGACUCCUGUAGCGGAGACGCUUUCCAUGUCGAACCCCGAGCGGUGUGUGAAGAAGCUGUUCGUUUGGUCUGGUCGGAUCUGGACGCCCAGGGGGUCGUUAUCUGUUAAACGUGUGUGUUUCGACCUCCGUGCACUCACUCGCUCGCUCGCUUGCUUCGACUUGAAUCAGCUGCAUCCUAUGGCUCUGCCACCAGGGGGCACUACUGUCUUAAAUGUGAACACUUCAAUUUGUGGAUAUUUGCACAGGUACUUAAUUUAUUUUCUAGGAUAAUUAUCUUGGGAAGAAAAAAAGGAGAAGAAGAAAAUACACGAUUUAUAUCAGUCAGACUCUGACUGCAUAUAAAUAUGAAGAUAAGAAUAACGAUGAUAUUAAUAUGACUAUAGUAUUUAUCUUAGACCUCCAGGUUAAUUUCUAGCUAGUGCAGAAAUCCUCUGCUAGCUCUCCAGAACCUUCUGUGUGUGGUGAAGAUAAAAAGUAACCUGCAGUCCUGCAUGAUGCUGAAAGAGAGUGGGGGGGAAAAGGAAAAAAUCAGAGAUUGGAAAGUCGUUAUGGAGAGAAAAUGAGAGCAAGUAUGUGUCUGCGUAACAGGGUUUGCAGAGGUGUGUGUGUGUGAGAGAGAGAGUGUGUGUGUGCAUGGGUCUGUGUGUGCAUGGGUGCGAGCAUGAACAACCAGAGAGACUGGUGUGUGUGUGUGCGUGCUGAGACGGCAUGGCAUUUCCCAUAAAGCAUUAUUCUAAUAUGCAAUAUGACGGGAGAACUGAUAAGAAAAGGGUAUGGAUAAAAAGAAGAGAUUCAGGCAGCUUGCAAUGAGAUUGUGGUUUGUUUGGAUUUUUUGUUCCCCAGAAAUCUGUGUGCCUCUGGCCAAAAUGAGAGAACUGGAAACAAAAAAGAUCUGGAGAGAAAUAAAACUUCACAGAUGUUGAGAUC